AAUUCUUUUCGUUUUUUAGAUGUGGAAAAUGGAAACUUAUCUACUAUUGAUGAAUACAAAUAUGCUGGUUGUCAAGAUCCAAAGAUUAUGUUGACUACUUCCCAUGAGCCGUCUUCACGUCUAAAAAUGUUUAUGAAAGAACUUAGACUGAUAUUUCCUAAUGCCCAACAAAUGAACAGAGGAAAAUAUCAACUAAACACAUUAAUGCAUGCCUGUCGAGCUAAUAAUGUUACAGACUUUAUAAUAGUGCAUGAGCAUCGGGGCAUUCCCGACAGUCUUGUGAUAUGUCAUUUGCCAUUCGGGCCAACAGCUUUUUUUAAUAUAACCGACGUUAUAAUGCGUCAUGAUAUCCCUAACAUUGGACCUAUGAGUGAACAGAAGCCGCAUUUAAUUUUCAGUAAUUUUAAAAGCAAUAUUGGUUUGAGAACUGUGAAAAUUUUAAAACAUUUGUUCCCGGUACCAAACGACAAAUCUGAAAGAAUUAUCUCAUUUAUUAACAAUGAAGAUAAAAUAUCAUUUAGACAUCAUCAAUAUAAAUAUGUAAAUAAAGAAAUUGAAUUAACGGAAGUUGGACCCAGAUUUCAAUUAAAGCUGUAUCAGAUUAAGCUUGGAACAUUAGAAAAUAUAAAAGCUGUUGAUACUGAAUGGGUUAGUCGUCCGUACUUAAAUACAACUAUCAAAAACUUGGUUUUUUCGAAUACAAAUAUAUUUAAUAAUAAAAACAACGCUUAAUAUACACA